AUGGUGUGUACACAACAUUCUUCGACGUACAGACUCAUCAGCGAGUCCAAGGAUAAGAAGUCUAAUCAUCGUCAUCUGACUGGCAAGGACUCCAAUUCCAAAUCUCACCCGUAUGGAGCGCGGUACGGAAUCGCAUCCAUACCCAAGUUCCAUAUCCCUUCCAAGGGGGCCAGCGCGGAGACCACUUACCAGCUGAUCCACGAUGAAUUGUCCCUUGAUGGAUCUACCAGUCUCAAUCUUGCGUCCUUUGUACACACCUGGAUGCCAGAACCUGCGAACAAGUUGAUGAUGGAAAACAUGUCCAAAAAUUUAAUAGAUCAGGAUGAGUACCCUAUGACGCAGGAAAUUCAUACCCGUUGUGUCUCGAUCCUUGCUGAUCUUUGGCAUGCACCUUCGGCACAUGAGGCAAUUGGGACUGCCACUACCGGUUCAUCGGAAGCUAUACAGCUGGGUGGUCUCGCCAUGAAGCGACGCUGGCAAGAGCGUCGCAAGGCUGAGGGCAAGUCCAUCCACGAGCCUGGCCCCAACAUCGUCAUGGGCGCGAAUGCCCAGGUCGCUCUUGAAAAGUUUGCACGUUACUUCGAGGUCGAAUGCCGUCUCGUACCAGUCAGUGUCGAGAGCAAGUACAGGCUCGACCCCAAGAAAGCCAUGGAAUAUGUCGAUGAAAAUACCAUUGGCGUUUAUGUCAUCCUCGGCAGUACUUACACCGGUCACUACGAACCAGUAAAAGAGAUGUCUGACCUUCUCGACGAGUACGAGCAGAAGACGGGAAUCAACGUCCCCAUCCACGUCGACGGAGCUUCGGGAGCCUUCGUCGCGCCCUUUGCGCAUCCAAAGCUGCUUUGGGACUUCAAGCUUCCGCGGGUUGUCUCUAUCAACACCUCGGGUCACAAGUUUGGUCUAGCUUACGUGGGUGUCGGUUGGGUGGUAUGGCGCUCCAAGGAGUACCUCCCGAAGGAUCUCAUCUUUGAGCUGCAUUACCUUGGUUCAGUUGAAUACUCAUUCUCGCUCAACUUCUCCCGUCCUGCCGCACCCAUCAUCGCUCAAUACUUCAAUUUUAUCCACCUCGGAUUUGAGGGAUACCGCGCGGUAGCUAAAGAUGAUCUCAAGAAUGCAAGGCUCUUGAGUCGUGCUCUUGAGAAGUCUGGGUGGUACACAGUGCUCAGCGAGAUACACCGACCAAAAGCCGAAAAUAUCCUUCAGAAGAAUGCCCACAACGACUUCGACGAAGAAAAUGUCGAGAACUAUGAAGAAGGUCUUCCGGUUGUUGCAUUCCGGUUCUCCGACAGUUUCCAAGAGUCGUACCCUGAAAUUCAACAGAAAUGGAUCCAGACUCUUCUGCGAGCUAAAGGGUGGAUUGUGCCGAACUACGAACUUGCCCCUGACUUGGAACAGGUUCAAAUCCUUCGGGUCGUCGUCAGAGAGAACAUGACUGAAGCGUUGGUGGACCGCCUGUUAGAAGAUAUCGUCGAGGUUACUCAAGACCUCAUUAAGCAAGAGUCCCCGACACAUGCCCUCAACUUACUUGGAAACCACAGCCGUAAGAACCGUGACAAUACUGGUAAGAUGGACGAAGGCUCUGCGUCCGGGUGCUCCGGUACGUACGCGAAGCCGUGUUAGAGCUGGCAGAGGUGAAAGAGUGGUGGAAAGAUUCAUUUUAGCGACAUUCGUGCAUCGUACUGGACAUUCUGUAGAAAAGUAUCAGAAAAAGUUAAGGAAUUGUAAAGAUUAGGCCUGCUGAGGGCCAGGAAUAUGAAUCACGAGGUUUUGGAGCACCA